CGGACGCAUUGACAGUGAGUUGUGUUGUAUAUGAUAUGAUAGUGUUGUAGACACACAUGGUUUACGUGCUGUCCCUUUGCCUCACUUGUGUUGAUAUGAAUGCCAAUGUAAUUGACAUUUGAAUUGUCAUCACAUCCAACACAUCCAACACAUCCCCACUAGCAGUGCAUUCAUCAGUGAACCAAAGGGCGAGACAAUCGCCGAUUGUGUGGUCAUUGAUAGCUAUGAAAGACUCGUCCAAAUAUGGGUUCCAGUCGUCCAACAGCGACAGCACAGGUAGGAAACGGAGGGGUAAUCUGCCCAAAGAGUCCGUCAAAAUACUAAGGAUGUGGUUGUAUGAGCACCGGUACAAUGCCUACCCGUCCGAUCAGGAGAAGCUAUACCUCUCACAGGCCGCCAACCUCUCCAUUCUUCAGGUCUGCAAUUGGUUUAUAAACGCCAGGAGAAGGAUAUUACCGGACAUUAUCCGCAAAGAAGGUAACGAUCCGCUGAUGUUCACAAUCACUCGCAAGAGCUCUAACAGGCGUCAGAGCAAUGUGACCGACUCUUGCAAUGGUUCCAACUCUUCCGCCUCUGAGGAUGGCUUCGGAUAUAUUGUCACAACUAAUAACAGACACUGCAACGAUGACAGCAAUAGCUCUGUUGAAAGUGAAAUCGAUGCCAUGUCUGACAGUGGAAGCACUACAAGCACUGCCAUCAGCUCAUAUGGCAGCACAUGUAGCAGACCUCCCAGCACCUCAUCAUCCAGUGGUACGUCUUGGACGGACUCACCGCUGAAACUAACGAAGAGGUGGAGGAAGAAUCACGAAGAAGACCAGAUGAUGGAUCAGAUUCGCCACCAAUCAAUAGGCAGCAAACAUUACUCAGGUAACAGUCGUAAGCCGAGUGCUCUGGACUUGUCAUUCAGCCCAACCCGAAGCUCAAACACAUCAAUCGUGAAUUGGCUGAACCAGACAUCGACGCCUACAGUUCACUCACAGGUCUCUCCAUUGCCAUCAUCUGCAUCCUCAUCGACUGAUGAGCCGUUCAGUUGUCUGUACUUAUUGGCCGGUGUGGCAGUCGGCGAACUCGAGAGACAGAGUGUCACCACAAGUAGUGUUCAGAACAUAUCACUGACAGUCAGUACAUAAGCCAUAGCCAUAGCCAUAGCUCAACACUUGAAUACAAUACCUCUCCGUUUGCUCAUCCCAUGACA